UCCCCACAGAUUCACAUCGCAAAACAGAAAGAAAGAAAAAAAAACACAGAGAGAGAAAGCAGCAAUGGAGUCGCUGACUCUGCGCGCCUCGCCGUCGUCGACCGCCUCGCCGCUGCUCCGCCUGCCCGGCCGGCGGCGCGCGGCGUCCGUCCGCGUCUCCGCCUCCGCCUCCGGCGCCGGCGAGCCGGACCUGUCCGUGACCGUGAACGGGCUGAAGAUGCCCAACCCGUUCGUGAUCGGCUCCGGCCCCCCCGGCACCAACUACACCGUCAUGAAGCGCGCCUUCGACGAGGGCUGGGGCGGCGUCAUCGCCAAGACCGUGUCCUUGGAUGCUGGAAAAGUUAUCAAUGUAACUCCUCGCUAUGCUCGGCUCAGGGCAGAUCCUAAUGGAUCUACCAAGAGUCCAAUCAUUGGAUGGCAGAACAUUGAACUUAUCAGUGAUCGACCUCUCGAGACAAUGCUUAACGAGUUCAAGCAACUGAAGAAGGAAUACCCUGAUAGGAUACUCAUUGGCUCAAUAAUGGAGGAAUACAACAAAGCUGCAUGGCAUGAGCUUAUUGAACGUGUUGAGGAAUCUGGAGUGGACGCUCUUGAGAUAAAUUUCUCAUGCCCACAUGGCAUGCCUGAGCGAAAAAUGGGUGCCGCUGUUGGACAGGACUGUGCCUUGUUAGAGGAGGUUUCCGGUUGGAUAAAUGAGAAGGCCACUGUGCCUGUUUGGUCUAAGAUGACUCCUAACAUUACAGAUAUUACAGAGCCUUCAAGGAUUGCUCUUAAGUCAGGGUCUGAAGGAAUUGCCGCUAUCAACACAAUUAUGAGUGUGAUGGGAAUUGAUCUCAAAACUUUGCGCCCAGAACCUUGUGUGGAGGGGUACUCCACACCUGGGGGAUAUUCUGCGAGAGCUGUGCACCCUAUUGCACUUGCGAAAGUCAUGCAGAUAGCAAGACUGAUCAAAGAGGAAUUUCCUGAAGGUCGGUCCCUCUCCGCCAUUGGUGGUGUUGAAACCGGCAAUGAUGCUGCUGAGUUUAUUCUACUUGGCGCAGAUACUGUACAGGUAUGCACAGGUGUAAUGAUGCAUGGUUAUGGCCUUGUGAAGAAGCUGUGUACAGAGUUGCAGGAUUUUAUGAGAAUGCAUGACUUUUCGUCAAUUGAAGAUUUCCGAGGGGCGUCUCUCCCCUACUUCACGACGCACACGGACCUAGUGCAGCGGCAGAAGGAGGCGAUCAAGCAGCGGAAGGCCAUCAGGAUGGGGCUGCAGUCGGACAAGGACUGGACCGGCGACGGGUUCGUCAAGGAGACCGAGAGCAUGGUCUCCAACUGAUGCCGCAACUCCGUUGGAUCGGAUCUCUCGGUCUCCAACUGAUGCCGCACCUCCGUCCGAUCCCCUCACGACGCCCUUCCUUUCCACCAUACUUCCUUCCACUUGUGAUUACACCCGGACCUAUAAACGAAACGAAAAGAAAGAACAGUGGGAACUUUUGCUGCACCUCAUUCAAUAAAGCAUAGUGGUGGUACGAAA